AUCGGCCAGCAGCAACAGCAGCAGUAGAGUCUCACUCCUCCUGCGGGGAUCAAGUCGCACUCUGCCGGGGUUCUCCAACUUUGCCGUCGCCGAGUUUGUUUUUAUUUUAUGUAUUAUUUUUAAACAAGAUGCAAAGCUGCGCCAAGUCGUGGGGCAUCUUCGCGACCAAGUCGGCGAGCCGAAGCGCCGGACGCGGGAAUGUGGCUGCCAAGAGCCGCGUGCUCUGGAAGCCCGGCUGCCGGGGAUCAGGCUCCACCGGUGGCGGCUGGGCGUCCCUGGCAACGCGGGGUGUGCGGACCUCCGCAUCCGUGUGCUCCCGGCGCAUCGAGAGAAUCCUUCCCAGGCAUGACGACUUUGCCGAGCGGCACAUCGGGCCAGGUGAGCGGGAGAAGAGGGACAUGCUGGACGUGCUGGGACUGGAGUCCAUCGAACAGCUGAUAGAAAGCACGGUGCCAUCCACCAUCCGCAUGAGGCAGAGCAUGAAGCUGGAUGACCCAGUGUGUGAGAAUGAAGUCCUGGAGACGCUGUACAAGAUCGCAUCCCAAAACAAGGUCUGGCGUUCCUACAUCGGCAUGGGCUACUACAACUGUUCCGUGCCGCCGCCCAUCCAGCGGAACCUGCUGGAGAAUGCCGGCUGGGUGACCCAGUACACACCCUACCAACCUGAGGUGUCCCAAGGCCGCCUGGAGUCUCUCCUAAAUUACCAGACGAUGAUCUGUGACAUCACAGGCCUGUCCAUGGCCAACGCCUCGCUGCUGGACGAGGGGACAGCCGGCGCCGAGGCCAUGCAGCUUUGCCACAGACAGAACAAAAGAAGAACCUUCUACAUUGACCCGCGUUGUCACCCUCAGACCAUUGCUGUGGUGCAGACCAGAGCCAAUUACAUUGGAGUCAAGACGGUGCUGAAGCUGCCUCACGAGAUGGACUUCAGCGGGAAAGACAUCAGUGGCGUGUUGUUUCAAUAUCCUGAUACUGACGGCCGAGUGGAGGACUUCACCUCCCUCGUGGACCGUGCACAUAAGGGCGGAGCUUUAGCGUGCUGCGCCACUGACCUUCUGGCACUCUGUGUGCUGCGUCCUCCCGGCGAGUUUGGGGUGGACAUUGCGCUCGGAAGCUCCCAGAGGUUCGGAGUCCCUCUUUGCUACGGGGGUCCUCACGCUGCCUUCUUCUCCGUCAGAGAAAACCUGGUCCGGAUGAUGCCCGGCAGAAUGGUUGGGGUCACCAGGGAUGCAGCGGGCAAGGAAGUGUACCGCCUCGCGCUGCAGACUCGAGAGCAGCACAUUCGGAGAGACAAAGCAACCAGCAACAUCUGCACAGCUCAGGCUCUGCUGGCCAACAUGGCUGCAAUGUUCACACUCUACCACGGCCCCCAAGGACUCAAACACAUUGCAGAGAGGACGCACAACGCGACCCUGAUCCUUGCCGAGGGUCUGAAGAGAGCAGGGCAUCGGCUGCACAGUGAGAUGUUCUUCGACACACUCAAAAUCAACUGUGGCGUGGCAGCCAAGGACAUCUUGGAGAGAGCCGCGCAGAGGCAGAUCAACCUGAGGGUCUACUCUGAGGGACUGUUGGGCGUAUCGCUGGACGAGACCGUGACUGAACGAGACUUGGACGACCUGCUCUGGGUCUUUGGCUGUGAAUCCUCCGCCGAGCUGAUCGCUGAGCAGAUGGGUGAACGGUCAAAGGGCAUCUUGGGAAGUCCUUUCAAGAGGACGAGCAAGUUCCUAACCCAUCAGGUCUUCAACAGUUACCACUCGGAGACAAACAUCGUACGUUACAUGAAGCGUCUAGAGAACAAAGACAUCUCGCUGGUGCACAGUAUGAUCCCACUGGGCUCUUGCACCAUGAAGCUGAACAGUUCCUCAGAGCUCAUGCCCAUCACCUGGAGGGAGUUUGCCAACAUUCACCCGUUCGUGCCUCUGGACCAGGCUGAGGGCUACCAGAAGCUCUUCAAGCAGCUGGAGAAGGACCUCUGUGAGGUGACAGGCUAUGACAAGAUCUCCUUCCAGCCUAACAGUGGUGCUCAGGGAGAAUACGCCGGCCUGGCAGCCAUCAAGGCCUACCUGAACUCAAAGGGAGAGACCUCGAGAAGUGUGUGUCUGAUUCCCAAGUCGGCCCAUGGCACGAACCCAGCCAGCGCUCAGAUGGCGGGCAUGAAGGUCCAGGUGGUGGAGGUGGACAAAGACGGCAACAUUGACCUGGCCCACCUCAAAGCUCUGGUGGACAAACACAAGGUCAACCUGGCGGCCAUGAUGAUCACGUACCCCUCCACCUUCGGUGUCUUUGAGGAGCACAUCCAGGACAUAUGCGACCUGAUUCACCAGCACGGCGGCCAGGUGUACCUGGACGGGGCCAACAUGAAUGCGCAGGUGGGUGUAUGCCGUCCCGGGGAUUACGGCUCAGACGUGUCCCACCUCAACCUGCACAAGACCUUCUGCAUCCCUCACGGGGGAGGAGGACCCGGCAUGGGCCCCAUCGGCGUGAAAGCCCACCUGGCCCCCUUCCUGCCCAGCCACCCGGUGGUCUCCAUGCGCUCGGUCAACAGCAGCAGCUCGCUGGGCACCAUCAGCGCCGCCCCCUGGGGCUCCAGCGCCAUCCUGCCCAUCUCCUGGGCCUACAUCAAGAUGAUGGGCUCCAAGGGUCUGAUUCACGCCACAGAGAUGGCUAUCCUCAAUGCCAACUACAUGGCCAAGAGGUUGGAGGGUCACUACAAGAUCCUCUUCAGAGGGGCCAAAGGCUUUGUCGCCCACGAGUUCAUUCUGGACGUCAGGCCUUUCAAAAAGACCGCCAACGUGGAGGCCGUGGACGUGGCCAAGAGGCUCCAGGAUUACGGUUUCCAUGCGCCCACGAUGUCGUGGCCAGUGGCAGGGACCCUCAUGAUCGAGCCCACCGAGUCAGAGGACAAAGCGGAGAUGGACCGGUUCUGCGAUGCUCUGCUGGGCAUCCGCCAGGAGAUCGCAGACAUCGAGGAGGGAAGGAUGGACUCUCGCCUCAACCCCCUUAAGAUGGCGCCUCACUCGCUGGCCUGCGUGUCAUCCUCCACCUGGGAAAGACCUUACUCCAGAGAGUUUGCUGCAUUCCCCUUGCCCUUCAUUCGCCCCGAGACCAAGUUCUGGCCAAGUAUUUCCAGGAUUGACGACAUCUACGGCGACCAGCACCUGGUUUGCACCUGCCCCCCUAUGGAGGUCUACGAGUCACCUUACGAGGAGAACAGAGCCUCCUCAUAGGGCGAGGAGGAGGAAAGGACUGCCGUGUAUGCAAAUAUAAUUUAAUAUUUUGUUUCAUUCCCUGUUAUCAAACUUCAUGUAGUUGUUGAUGUAUGAACAAUGAUUUCAUUCCUUAGACAUAUUGAAAAUAUGGAAUCAGGACGACACACUUUUCUUGAAAUAAAUGUUAAAAACAAAAAACGAAAACCCACCAUGGACCAAAGGUGCAACUUUGACUUUUCCAAUGUUGCAAAACAAGUGCACCAUAAAGAGUACUUUCCAACAAAACAAACAA